AUGGGGAAAAAAAUGACCAUAAAAACUUUCGCGAUUGAAUAUGAUUCCAUCAAUAGCAAGAACAUCUUUACAAAUGGAGAUACCAUCAAUGGAAGAAUCAUUGUGGAGGUCUCUAAGGAAACUAAAAUCCAGGCGCUUAUUUUCAUCGCUAAAGGAGAGGCCAAUGUGUGCUGGAGUGAAGAUUCUGAACAGUAUAAUCAAGGGUUCAGGUCCAGUGAGAAGUAUUAUGAAGUCACGCAUCACAUCCUAAGAGAGGCAAGACAAGAUGGUAAUGUAUGAAAUCAAUAUCUCUCUAAUUUUGAUAAUGGCUAAUAUUUUAAGUAAUCAGCCCCUCAAUUUAAAGACUUUCCAAACUUUUCCAGGCACUGAAAUCAUUGGAAAAGGAAGACACGUGUUUCCUUUUUCCUACACAAUUCCUGACAGGUGCUUUUUUUUACUAUUUCAUAUUUAUUUGGGUGUUUUUUCUUUCUCUUAUUUUAGUUGAAUCAUUUUUCUACAAUUGCACUCAACAGGAAAAUCCCAUCAACAUUCAAAAGCAGCAUAGGAAAGAUUGUUCACAAAUUGAAGGCAGAGCUGAAACAGUCGAUUAAGCUGACUAAAAAAGCCAAAACCCACUUCAAAUUUGUGUCCGCAGCAGACAUGGACACCCCUGGACUUAUGGUUAGAAAUCAUUCAUCUUUAAAAAUGCAAACUUUAUCUACUCACUUGUCUUUUCAGGAGAAAUACAGUAGACAGCUUUGACUCAUAUCCCGUUUUUCAGGAUCCUCAGUACGGGUGCAAGGAUAAAUCUGUGAGAGUUUUUGGCUCUGGAAAUGUUUCAUUCGAUGUUCACACCAAGCGGAUGGGAUACACGCAAGGUAAUGUGGAGUUUAAGCAAAUUUACCCUGCAUGUGAAUGGUUUUAACACACUUUUGCUCUCUGCAUAAGGAUACAGCUCACUUUAGGAAUCAGGUAUAUCAGGUUUGACUUUAGAUUGUAUAAAGAAAACACUUCACCAAUGGAAAAAUCAGGUUUGAUAACAUUGCUGCUCCUAGAAAGUAAAGCAAGUCUUUGCUAUUUGUCACACAUUAGGAGACCAGCUGUACUGUUUUCAAAUGAACUGCUCAGAUGCAAUCACAAAUUCAGGCAUGCAUGGAGGAGAUAUUCUCCUUGGACACCAAAGAAGCUUGGUCUUGUUGAGGUUGAGCUUCAGCUGGUCUGUAAGUUUCAACAGAGAAAAAAGUGUUUAACAACAGCCUCUAUGCCUCUGUUUCACAGGUGAGGGUAUCCAGGUCAUCGCUGGAAUCAGCAACCGCUCAUCUCGUUCGGUGAAGCCCAAGUUCACGCUGUAUGAGGAGAGGAGUUUCUUUGCACAGGGUCAAAGGAGAGUUCACACAAAUGAGAUCCUCAAGGACAAGCUCGAGCCGAUUAAAUCCUCCGACAAAAAGACUGUAACCAAGGUGAUCACCAUCCCCAGGGAUCUACCUCCCUCCAUCCUCAACUGCUCCAUCAUCAAGCUGGAGUACAGACUGAAGGUAAGGCUGCCAGUCAAAAGACAGUUUGUAAACUCUUUUUGAUGUAUUUUUAUUUUUUUAUUUUUUUAUAAUGCCUCACUUUUGCUUUUAACUUUAAAGCAGUUGUGGUAUUUUGAAUAAUCUCUUAUGUGGAAAGACUCAGCACAAUAUGCCUCAACAUUACAUUAAAAGGUGUUUAAAAAGGCAGUGGCAUUUUACGGACUGUAUGUUGAUGAAAUGAUUAUCUGAAAUAAAUAAUGAUGCCUUCAAAAAUCUUAAGAAUAAACUAAUAGAGACCUCUAGUGGUCAAACUAUUGAAGUGGAAAUCAUAAUGAGCGUAAAUCCAGAGACUUUGGUUUUAUCACUCUUUCACUGUAGAUAUCAAAAUAUAUUUGUUAUCCUUAUGUUGACCUGUACUGUGUACUACAACACGAUAAAAAAAACCUCCAACAAUAAAAAAUAAUCCCAUGUUUUUACAGGUCUAUCUCAAUAUCAAAUGUGCCUCAGACCCAGAGAUCAAACUUCCCAUUGUCGUCCUCCCUGCCCUCGAGGCUCCCUCUCAUAAACAACCUCCUCCUUCUGCUGGUUUUGGAUUUGAACCUUUUGGGAACCCAAACCCAGCACCCUUGGGCAUGACGCCACCACUGCAAGUAGCACCCAGGCCGGUGGAUCCACCACCUCCAUAUGGAGCAUGUGCAGCACCAGCGAUGAACCCCUCCGUAAAUCAAUAUGGCCAAUACGAGAAUAAAUUCUGA